UCAACUCUUUACAUAUGCUGAAUGGGGAUCUGAGGGAUUUUAGCUUGCUUAUUUUUGUAUCAUUUUUGUUGUGUUGUUUGUUGACUUGUUGGUUUACUACUGCAGGUGUGUUUGUCUAUCCAUUUGGCUGUUUAAUGCAUGCAUUCUUUCAUACGCCCAUUCCUGUAUUCAUUCAUUGUUUUUUCAAGAUUUAGAGAGUCUGUGCAACUGUAGAAGCAAAAUGCCAGACCUACUUCUGAAUACAGUGUGUACAAGUCAUGUCAGUCAAUCUGCAAGGUGAAGCAAUUGGAACUGCUAUAUAUUUGCCAAGCGGUUGUAGGUGGAAUCAGUCUCGGCUGUAAAAAGCAACUUGUGAGAAAGGCAAGAUGUAGCAGUCAGCCAACAUUUCCAAUACAACUAAAAAUCAAAAAUACAACAGCCACAUUAACAAGACAUGACUAUAUAUUAUUACAUAUACACAUCCACCAAUGAAGAUUGACGGAGCACUUAACUUCUGAACCCAUCAGCCAUCCUUGCAAAUAUAGGCCACCAAAUUGUGGUCCCAAGACUUCCAGAGACAACUGCUGAAAUUCCAGUUUUAUACAAAAAUGCCCAAUACAUGUACCUGGAGAGGCAAGCAAGCUGUAUGUCAUUUUGCCAAAAACAUCACUGCCAGAAACCGGUAUUUUUAUGGACAAAACAUAAAGAUAUUUUGUCUGUCACGAGUUAAAUAUAAAUCUCAAGAUAUGAGAGUAAACAAUAAUUUAGAAUCUGUAAUCCCUAUCUGUUGAUUAUUGCUUCAAUUUUUCUUGCAUUUCUCCUACAAUGUAAAUUUUUUUUCAUGAAAAUAUUGUGUUGACCAAAAAGGGAAGAUUAAGUACAAAUGCCUUUAAUCACAUUGUUGAAUUUUAUAUCAGAUAAAUGGAAACAAGUACCCAGGAAUAAAAGCAAGAGCUGUUCCUCAUCUGACUACCAGAAAUGGGAAUGAAUGUUGGACCUCAGGGCAAUGGAUGACUGAGAAAAGGGGAGGAUCUGAUGUAGCUGAUGGUACUGAGACAGUGGCUGUUAAGCAAACUGAUGGAUCUUUCAAGUUGUAUGGCUUCAAAUGGUUUUCAUCUGCUACGGACUCUGAUAUAGCACUUACACUUGCACGUAUCGUGGAUAAAGAUGGCAACUAUACCCAGGGUACCAAAGGAAUAUCCUUGUUUUAUGUGGAAACAAGGAAUAAGUAUGACCAACUAAAUGGAAUACAAAUCCAGAAACUGAAGAACAAACUUGGCACACGGCAACUACCAACAGCUGAAUUGCUUCUGGAUGGAACAGUGGCACAGUUGGUAUCUGAUGAGGGUAGAGGUGUUGCUGCCAUCAGCUCCAUGCUAACUGUCACCCGUAUUCAUAAUGCAAUCUCUUCAGCCGGAGCAAUGAGAAGAGUGGUUCAUCUAGCCAGAGAUUACAGCCAGAAAAGACAUGCCUUUGGCAAACUAAUAGCCAGCCAUCCUCUACAUAUGCAAACACUAUCUAGAAUGGAGGUUGAAACCAGGGGUAACCUUCUACUAGUGCUGCGUUUGUGUCAUCUGCUUGGUAUAGAGGAAUGUGGGGAUGCCACAGAACAAGACAAACUGCUGUUACGUUUGUUAACGCCUGUUGCUAAAUUAUACACUGCCAAACAGGCAAUAUCUAUUGCAUCAGAAGGCUUGGAGAGUUUUGGUGGUCAAGGAUACAUUGAAGAUACAGGCUUGCCAGUCAUCCUCAGAGAUGCUCAGGUACUUAGUAUCUGGGAGGGAACGACCAAUAUUCUGUCGCUUGAUGUUCUUCGCUCCAUUGCAAAGACCUCAGGAGGUAGCUUGACAUCGUUUUUCAGUGACAUUCAGUCUCGACUAAUCCCAUUGGUCACAUCAUCAGAUCUUGACAUCAGAUGGUGUUAUGAGCAGAUCAACAAAGCUUGCAGGGAAAUAUCAUCAUUUGUGGACUUGUCCAAUAAACAUCAGUCUUUGAUGCCUGUAGCUGCACGUGAUUUUGCUAACAGUCUAGCCAGGACCUACAUCGCAAGCCUUCUCCUAGAACAUGCUUCAUGGGACAAAGCAAAGGAGCUAGAUAUUGCUGUAGCAAGGAGGUGGUGCGAGCAGUGUUUGUGUCCAGUUGCUGCCAACAGUGUCAGUGGCGCAUACACACCUGAAGGAUUGCAUAAAGACACACAAAUUGUUAUGGAUGGUUACAACCAAAGCAAAGUAUGAAAGCAGUGUCUCUUUCUGUAGUUUAUAAUUACAAAGUAAGAUUUGGACUAGUGCUCUUAUAUGACACCUUGUGCGACUCUUUGAAAAGAAGGAGAUGCUUAUUCAUUAUGUUAAUUAAGAUGCACCCUUUAUAGUAAUUGCAAUUUAUAUAUUCAUGUAUAAUAGACAAUUCUUGUGACUAUGGUAAUGCCAUCAUUGGUUAUUACAGUGGCCCCCUUUAAUGGUGGUAAGCUUUGCGUUAGCUAUUGUUCUCAGCAUAUAUAUUUUUUUAUAAUAUUCGCCUAAUCAGCAGCAGAUUGAUGCUUUCUGUGCUCUCCGAAACUCAAACGUUAUUUGCCUCAGGUAAAGGUUUGUCCCCAACUUUUAGUUUGUUCUUACAUCGGUGUCAAUUUCUGCAUUGUCCUUUCAGUGGGGUACUCAUAUUCUAGUUGACAUACCUCAGGUCAUAAUAAGUUUUUACUUAAAUGUAUAAUGCUACCUUUUUAUUGCCUACUCAGAAUUAAAAAGCUUUUCACACGGGUUAUUGGGUUUGGUUUUAUAGUUUGCACAGAUUAAGUUAAAGUUGAAUCAUAACUUUGUAAUUUCUAAAAGCAAAGUGCUCCAAAACAUGGUUUAAUUGUCAUUGGAAGUUGAAACAUUCAGUUUCACUACUUUUUUGUUGGUUUACUUGAGUGAAAUGACUCAAGGUAGCCAUGGAAGAUUAACGUCAACAUAAAAAAUACAAAUAUUUUAGCUAAAAGUUACAUACAUGUAUAUGAUAAAACAGGACAUUAACAAUUCUUUUUA